GACAAAAGUCACAUGAUAUCAAAAUGGUAGACGACGUGAAGGAAUUGAUAGCAUCAUUGAAGUUAUUUCAAAGCCAUGACAUAGCGUGAUCAAUGUGUUUAAUGACAAUGUUAAGAAAAAUUCUUUUUCUGAAAGGUAUAUUGAUGCUGGUACUAUUUGUGUAUGUACCUUCAAUAACUUCAAUAGAUUCAGAGAUCUUCCAGUCCAGUAUAGAAUGUAACACAACUUUUAAAGAUUGUAAGAUUUGUGAUCCAGGAUAUUUUGCAGAUGAAGAAACAAGAGAUUGUUUUUGCUGCAAUCAGACAGGUUACUGUAAAACAUCUUGUUCUCCUUGCCAACCAGGACAUGAACAACCACAAGAAGGGAAAGCAGAAUGUGAACCUUGUGAGAGAGGACGCUUCACAAGAAGUGAAGCAACCAAGAAAUGUGCACAAUGCCAUGCUGGCACCUACCAAAACGAAACAGGUGGGAUAGAAUGCCCAUGCUGUGAUAAAGGCUAUUAUUGCAAUAAAGAAGGUUGCGUUGAAUGCCAGCAAUGUGAUCAAGGUUACUAUAGCAAUGAAACGUGUUCACCCACAUGUAAUCCAUGUCCUGAAGGUCAAUUUAUAGAUACUAACGGUUCUUCCGAGUGCAAACUUUGUGAUAUUGGUCACUAUAGUAACACAACAGGGUCAUCCGAGUGCAAGGAGUGUGAACCAGGUCAUUACCAGAACACUACAGGAGGUGCAGUCUGUAAACCAUGUGAAAUGGGCUUUCAUAUAGAUACUGCUGCUGCUCAAGCAUGUUUACCAUGUGAGGAAGGUUACUAUAGCAACAAAACUGGUCAAAUUUCCUGCUCAAAAUGUGAAAAGGGUUACUAUAGCAACAAAACAGAGACAGUGGAUUGUACAGGGUGUGAGAAAGGAACGUUUCAAAAUGAGACUGGACAAACAUCGUGUGAAAGCUGUGGAGCUGGGCUUGAAACCAGGAAAGUGGGUAUGUCUGCGUGUGAACCGUGUUUAGAUGGGACACAUAAGCCAUUUGCUGGUCCACAUACUUGUGAAGCUUGUCUACCAGGGGCAUACUCAAAUGGUGGCAAGAUUGGGGAGUUGAACUUAAACUGCACACAAUGUGAGGAAGGCCACUACCAGUCGUUUAGAAAUAAAUCAGACUGUGAGAAAUGCCCUAGAGGGAGAUUUGCUAAUGUGACAGGUGCUAAGAUGUGUUCUGUGUGUUUUGCGGGUCAGGAGGCUAGAGAGGCAGGUGCAAUAACUUGUACACCGUGUGAAGCAGGAACUUACAAGUCACAAAAAAGUGAUUCUCUAUGUGAACAAUGUCCAGACGGUUACUAUGCAGAUACAACUGGUUCUCUACAAUGUACAAAAUGUCCAGAUGGGCAUUAUUGUCCUAAUCCAGCAUUAUCCCCACAGAUAUGCCCGGACAACAGUUACUGUCCCCCAGGGACGACGUCGCCUAUUUAUUGUGCCACACCCUGGUUCAGGUUCAGCAAAUCUAAUAAAUGUACACCAUCAGGAGAACUUAUAGGAGUGAUUGUGGGCUGUAUAUUAGUGUUCAUUGUUGUUGUAAUUGUUGGAAUAUAUCAUACGAGAAAAUGGAGAAGAAGUAAACGAAUCCAGGAAGAAAGCCAACCUUUGGCGGACAAUUCACAGCUAGUUUAUAAAGGCUUGUGAAGAAAAUUGGUCAGACUUAUUGUUAAUGCAUGAAACAAUGUGAUAGCUGAUGGUAAAAUUUGAUGACAAUGAAAACAAGGGAUCAGAGACUUACAAUAAAAAAAAAACAAUUAAAAUAAAUAUAACCCUAUAAAGUGAUAAUGCAGGUGAGAUGAGGGUGUUAGAAGAUAUUUUUAUAUAUACUGAAAGCUUUUGAAGACAUUUUUAAUUUUUACACAUUCUAAUGUCCUUCAAAUUAUCCCCCUAUUAAAAAGACAGGGCAAUCAAGUGCAUUAUUAUAUGAUAUAUGCAAGGCAUUAAGAACAAAUGCAUACUCUGAAUAUGAUGUUGAAUGAGACAUCAAUAAAGCAAAUGAGCCGCGUCACGACAAAACCAACAUAGUGGGUUUGCGACCAGAAUGGAUCCAGACCAGCCUGCGCAUCCGUCAGUCUGAUCAGGAUCCAUGCUGUUCGCUUACAAACCCUAUUACAAGUAGAGAAAUUGAUAGCGAACAGCAUGGAUCCUGAUCAGACGGCGCGGAUGCGCAGGCUGGUCUGGAUCCAUGCUGGUCGCAAACCCAUUUUGUUGGUUUUGUCGUGACGCGGCUCAAAUGUUGUCAGAGAAAUUACUUUUACACUCAAUGCUGUUCAAUAUAUUUUUAUCAAUUCUCUUGUUUUGUAAGCAUGUUCGAAAUUGGAAAUAGAUAUUAAUUUUUCUUGUGAUUUAGUAUUUUAAUGUACAAUGCUUUGUAGUUAAUCAUUCAGGCCUACUAGUCUUGGUGAUUAUAUUCCUGGGCAUUUGAACUUGAACCAUGGAAAAUUAAUAACUAUUUCCUACGUUUUAUUGCAUUUACAGAAUAUGUCACCUAUGUGAUAAACUCAUUUGAAUGUAUUACUACGCAUUGUGACGGCUUUUUUACUUACUGUUACUUACUUACUGUAAAAUUGUCUUGAAAAAAGUUCAAAUUUUAGAAUGCUUUUGCAAAAAAUAAUACUUUUUUAUGAAGACUUUUGGACAAAGAUGUUGAAAAGAUUAUAAAAUAUAUAAGAUUGUUCACAUUUUUAUGGAAUCUUUAAGGGUGAAUUUGGAAUAUAAAGGGCAACACCAUCAUGAAUUAUAUUCGAAAAUUUGAUGAAGUCUCUCCAUGGUGCUGCUUUGGACCUCUUUGUAUUGACCUGUUUUAUUUUUCUGUCAUGAUUCGUUUGUGUAGAUCCAUUUUAGUUUGUCUGAUUGGGGGAAUAAUGAGUGCUCCCUCUCAUCCUUGGUGUUGACAUCUGCGUCAAAAACAUCAGCGUCAUGCUUUAGUUAUUUUUUUCAACUAACAUCAGUGUCAAACCUACAAAUAUUUUUUCAGCCAACAUAAGUGUCACACCUUAGUUAUUUUUUUAAGUCAACAUGCUUUCUCGCAUAAUUUAUUGCGGUAUUACUUUGAAACUUUCAACUUCUUUACUUCUUAUAACUAUCACCUCCUUUUGUAGACAUGCAAGAAUAAAAACUUCACAUAUAAUUUGUCACUUUUUUCUUAGAUUUUCAAGUAAGGUUUUACAAACUUUUGAUUUUUUUUUCAUUACAACCAUGGAAAUUUUGCUUUGGAACCUGAAAUUUUUGUUAAGGGUCACUUCAUUUUUAAACGAGAGUAAAUAACUCUGUCACUUAUAAAAAUACCCCUGUUUUAAAUUAGAUUUUUUUAAAACUCUAAUACAGUUAUUAGGCAUUGAGAAUUGAUAUGCACAGGUGGACAGGUCUGUUAUUGUAUUAUAUUAUAUUAUGUUGCGUAUGUAGCUAUGUAAGAAAGUAUUUCUGUGAUAAAGAUAGUCAGUGCAGUAAAAUUAAUCAUAAUUGUAUGUUUUUAUUUGUGAAUGACAAUUUACUGUCUUUUUAAA